GAGAGGGGGAGGAGGGCGAGAGAAAGGGAGCUGCUAGGAUCGCGUACUUCAGAGCCUGCCUGGAGCGCGCACUCAGCGGCUCUCCGGGUGCCAGCGUCCCAGCCGCGCCCCGCUGCCCCGCACCUCCUCCUUCUCCUCCUCUCCGAGCACCCCUCUUCCCCUCCUGCCAGCGGCUGCCCCCAGCCCCAACUCGGCUACUCCCCAACUCUCCGGGUUCUCUCCUGGGACGCGCGUCCUCGCCCCAUCCUUUCUUCCUUCCUUCCUUCCUUCCUUCCUCCCCUGGCGCCCGCCCUCCCUCUCCAGGUCUCCCUCCCGGGACCCGAUUGUCUCCGUCCCCUCUCGCUCGGCCCCGCGCCUCGCCCUGCCCCGACUCUCCCUCGCACUUCCUGAGUCGCCCGGCGCCGCAGUCUCGCCGCGCCCCGGCAGCCGCUGCCCCGCUCCAGCCCCCGCAGCCCGCGGCGCCCGCCGAGGGAGCCCCGGCGCCCGCGGAAGGCAGAAGUGGGCGCGCGCCCUCGCCCAGCCCCGCGCCCCAGCCCUGCCCGGCGAGGAAGGACCGGGAAGAUGAACAACGGCGGCAAAGCCGAGAAGGAGAACACCCCGAGCGAGGCCAACCUUCAGGAGGAAGAGGUCCGGACCCUGUUUGUCAGUGGUCUUCCUCUGGAUAUCAAACCUCGGGAGCUCUAUCUGCUUUUCAGACCAUUUAAGGGCUAUGAGGGUUCUCUUAUAAAACUCACGUCUAAGCAGCCCGUAGGCUUUGUCAGUUUUGACAGUCGCUCAGAAGCAGAAGCUGCAAAGAAUGCUCUGAAUGGCAUCCGCUUCGAUCCUGAAAUUCCGCAAACACUACGACUAGAGUUUGCUAAGGCAAACACGAAGAUGGCCAAGAACAAACUAGUAGGGACUCCAAACCCCAGCACUCCUCUGCCCAACACUGUACCUCAGUUCAUUGCCAGAGAGCCAUAUGAGCUCACAGUGCCUGCACUUUACCCCAGUAGCCCUGAAGUGUGGGCCCCGUACCCUCUGUACCCAGCGGAGUUAGCGCCUGCUCUACCUCCUCCUGCUUUCACCUACCCCGCUUCACUGCAUGCCCAGGUAAUUUAUACCCCGCGGCCACAACUUCACUCCCCCCACCACCAGUCCUUUCCAACCUGGUACCCCAGAGCACACCGUACAACUAACACCUAUCUAGCUAACAGAUCCACCUUCAAGAGAUUAAUGAUCCCUUCUAAAUCAAGCUGACACUCCUCCAGGACUUACGAGGAUCUCAGGAUCUGGUCUGACAGCAGUGAUAUCACCCCCUGCCUGAUGUCUGCCCCAAAUGACACCUCUCUUUCCUUGUUGAUCUCACCUCAUAUCACACACGAGCCUGGGGCAAGGUUAUCCCUCCCCAAACCCUCCCAGCUAGCUAGAGGGCCUCACCAGAGAGGGCCGGCGUGUGCCUUGUGGUGGGGAAGGGCUGCAGAGGCCUGCUGUAUAGUAGCCGGAGUUACGCGUGUCUGUGUGUGUUCCUGUGUACUGAGAAGUUUUUGCUCUCAUGUUCUGUGAGAAUCUAGCAACCAAAGGGGAAGCUUACAGGAGACUAUGCAUGUUCUUACAUAUGUUAGAGGAAAAAUUAAGGGUUCCCUUCUCUGUUUUUAAGAAACCCUGUCAAAAAGGAUGUACAAUAUAGUGUCUAGGAUGUAAUUACAGGUCAUGGUCAAGAGCUUUGUUCUGAUCAGCUUUCUUUCUUAGUUAAGAAUAGCCUGAGUUUUAUAAACAAACUCCCUGUUUCUCCCCGAAGAUUGCUGUCUGCAUACUAACACCUGCUUUCCCCUUGGAGAAAAUGUUUCUCUUAGCUUUGCUUUUCAUGUAAGUAGUAGUCUUCGGUGUAAAGAUUCACCUUUGGAGAUCACUACUCAUUCUUUGGCCUGCAAAGGUUAAUAACAAAUACAUAGAAAGUACAUAUAUAGAUUGCAUGUACAGUUCAGCCUGGAUUUUUAAAACUUGGCUGGACAAGUAGGGUUUUUGUUUGUCUUGCUUAAUUUUUAUUUUUACAAGGUUGGGUGGAAUAAACAGCUUCCCAGAAAAUUGGUCCUUCUGACUUAAAACUUAAGUUGUACAGAACUCACUGUGUUGACUCAGACCCCUGCAAGCAGCUCUUUAGCAAGUUCUCGUGUGAGCACUGGCGACCCAGCUUCCUGGGGCUGCACCCUCCAUGUGUUCAGACACCAAACAGUCAAACUACAGAGAGGAACCCUGGGUGUCUGAGGGAAAAAUAAAGGUGGUGGCACGAAUCCUUGGCACAGAAAGUCAGUUAAAGUGUCGUGUCAGCUGUGCCUUUGCUUCAACCCGCUUGCUGCUCCUUCCACCCUUUUUCCAUACCAGCGCUUAGAAACCCUCACAACUGGCAGGUCACAGGAGAGGGAAGAGGAUCAAACAUAAACCUGUGGGUCUGUCUGCUGAGUCACCAGGAUGUUUGUAGAUGACAUAGAUCAGCUAAAUGUCUCUUGUUUUCUUACCCUUCACUGGAUGGCUGUUGCCUCUUAUUAGACUUUGCAGAUUCAUUGGCAAUUAAGGCAAAUGUUAAUAAAUACCACGAAACAGUGCAAGUUUGCAUUGUCUUCUGAAUAUCCAUGGCUUUAAUUAGUGGCAAAGCCUUUCCCCAUCAAGAGCUAACAAUGGCCAGAAAGGACUGGGAGUGGUGGCUUUUGGCCACACCAUCUCUCCUUGCUUCGUUCAUGUAACAGAUGAAAUCAGAAAUAAUCUGGAGAUACAGUGGGAGGAGGACCUAAAGGGUCUAGAGAUACCAGAACGCCUGUGCCAUUGUAAGGAAAGAUGGGGCAGGACAGCUCGGAGAUUAAUGGACUCAGCCAUUUGACUUCAGUGGGGUGUGUAGCCCUUAUUGGUUACACCCCCCCCUUGAAUUCUUCCUUGAUCUCGAGACUUUCCCAACUUAGAAUCACCUGGUUCUGCCUCCUCAGUCCUAUAUUUGGUGGAGCUCUCAUCUGCUAUCAGUGAGAUCCAUGUGUCCUACCUCCCUCUCGUUUGAAGCCAUUCCCAGUGCAGUCUUGGACUCUGUAUCCUAAAGACUCAUGAGCAAAUAUGGUUAUUGAAAUGUAUUUGUCCAGUAUCAGAAUCAUAGCGUGUGGACAGAUCAGCUGGUCUGACCCAUUUUACAGAUGAGCAAACAGACCUGAGAAGAUGGAAUUACCCAAAAUCGUGAGUGGCUCUCCUAUGACUAGACACAGGCCACCUGACUCUCAGGCCUUGCUCUUUCUGCUCAGAAGUGCUGCCUCCCCCAAAGACUUGUUCUUUAAUGGAAUUUUGGAAAGGCCUCUCUCCAGAGUGACCACCUGGACCUUUCUUCUCUAAGUAGAUGGGAAGCCUGUAAGAAGAGACUUGGAGGCAAAGACAAGGGAAUCAGCAUUUAACCUUCACACAAAGGGCCUAAGAGAAUCUAUUAAUUGGACAUAGAGCAGAGUGAGGAAGGCCCAAAUGAAGCAUCUCCCCUUAGUGGAUAAUUCAGAUUUUGUUUUGGAAAUUUUAUAAUGUCCUUGGAGAAGCUUUUAAAUAAUUUUGCUUUUCUUAGCAAUGUUGUGUUCUGUUUUGAGACAUGGA